CUUAAACUUACCCCAUCUUAACUGCUUCUCUUCCGUUAGUAUCAAAGUUAGUUUGCGGACCAGCAUUCCAUGGAAACCACAAAGUCUCAUAUAGCUCUCCUUGCAAGCCCUGGAAUGGGACACUUGAUCCCAGUGCUUGAGCUUGCCAAACAUCUUGUUUCCCAUCAAAGCUUCAAAGUUACUGUCUUUGUUGUGGCAACCGACCAUGCCUCACUCGCAAACACCCAUCUACUUCAAUCACCAGCAGACUCUGGUGAUCUCCUUGAUAUUGUUUUACUCCCUUUUAUUGACGUUUCCGAUAUAGGUGGACCCUCUGUUUCGUUUAUAGCAACAAUAGUGACAACGGUGCUACGGUCUAUGCCGUUUCUCAGAUCUGAAAUCUCUAAGAUGGAGUUUCGUCCCACAGCUCUAGUUGUGGACUUGUUCGGAACUGAUGCUUUGGAGAUUGCGGAUGAAUACAAUAUGUUAAAGUUCGUAUUCAUAGCUUCUAAUGCAUGGUUUCUUGCAGUUAUGUUGUGUACUCCGGAGAUUGAUAGGAAAGAGAUCGAUGAGCAUGUUAAGAACCGUAAGCCACUGCACAUUCCGGGUUGCAAGCCCAUUAAGUUUGAGCAUAAUCUCGACGUUUUUUUCAUGGAUACCAACGAUCCAUUUUACCAAGGAUAUGUUGAAGCAAUCAAUAAAAUGUCUUUGACUGAUGGCAUUUUGGUGAAUACUUGGGAUGAACUUGAACCCACAACUCUUAAAGCCUUGAGAGAGACAAAGAAGGUACCCAUUUACCCCAUCGGUCCACUGGUGAGACCAAUUGAAAAGUCGGUUUUUGGUAACGAAAUACUAGCUUGGCUCGAUAAGCAACCGAAACAAUCAGUUAUUUACGUGUCGUUUGGGAGCGGCGGAACCUUAUCUGCCCAACAAGUUAAAGAGCUAGCUUGGGGGCUGGAGCUUAGCCAACAAAGGUUUGUUUGGGUGCUUCGUCCUCCUACUGAAAAUGAUGCAGCAGGGACCUUUCUCGCUUUGGGAAAUGGAUCUGAUGCCACCCUAGAUUACUUGCCUGAUGGGUUUCCGGCUAGGACCCAAGAUCGAGGGCUACUAGUCCCUAUGUGGGCACCCCAAGUCGAAGUAUUGGGUCAUCCGUCGAUUGGUGGGUUUUUAACCCAUUGUGGGUGGAAUUCAACCAUGGAAAGUAUAGUCAAUGGGGUGCCGAUGAUUGCAUGGCCGCUUUACGCUGAGCAGAAGAUGAAUGCUUCGAUGUUAACGGAAGACAUUGGAGCAAGCAUUCGAGUGAUGACGGUGGAAUCAGAUGCAGCGGUCGGGAGAGAAGAGAUAAGAUCGGUGGUUAGAAAAAUAUUGGUGGAUCGUCAAGGACGAAACAUACGAUCAAGGAUUAAGGAGCUAAAAGAUAAUGCGGCAAAUGCAUUGGCCAAAGGUGGUUCGUCUUAUAAUUCCAUGUCCCAAUUUGCAAACAUCUGUAUUCAGCACCUGAAAACAAAGGCAUCUGGGGCUUGAUCAUGUUUUAAUGUUUUAAAUAAACACAUAUGUCAUGUACGUAUAAAUCAUGAACAUGAAUAAAUUGGUUUAAGGUGAA